CACGUCCGGGUCUCGCUGGCUGCGUCUUAUCGCUGGGCCCCGCGACAAGAUGGCGGACCUGUCGCUGGACGAGCUGAUCCGGAAGCGCGGCGUGACGGUGAAGGGGAGGCUUCACACCAGGCCAGUGUUUGGAGGCGUAAGAUCCCGCAUUGGAAUCCAGCAGAAUCUUCUGAGCAGGUCGUCCCCAGCAGUGAGCUUCCAGCGGACGUUUGAUGCCCGGCAGAAGAUCGGGCUGGCUGAUGCCCGCCACAAACUGGGGGUCAAAGAUGCCCGUGAGAAACUGGUUCAAAAAGACGCUCGGUUCAAAAUCAAAGGGAAGGUGCAGGAUGCUCGAGAGAUGUUGAAUUCCCGUAAGCAGCAAAGUACUGCUCCUGAAAAGGUGACCAAAGUGGUGGAUGCCAGAGAGAAGAUCAGCUUAAAAAGGAGCACUCCAGCUGCCAUCAGCCCGACGAUGGGGACAGUCAAUCCAGCCGUCAAAAUCACCAAGACUAUCCAACAGAAAGCUCCAGCUCCUGGGCACUCUCAUCCAGCAGGAAUGAGAAUCAAUGUGGUGAACAACCAUACCCACAAACAGGGUCUGUAUGACAUGGAAGAUGACGAUGAAAGCGUCUCUCCCCUCACUAGCAAACAGAUGAAAAUCACCACGACCAACAGUUUCCUGCACAACGCGACUGGGUUGAGCGGCAAUAAGUUCUCCCUGUCCAAGACUGUUCCCUUGACUAAAGUGGUCCAGAACGAUACGUACACAGCUCCACCUGCACCUCCCUCUCCUGCACGGACAAAGGCCUUGACAAACAUGUCCCGGACCUUAGUGACAAAGGAGGAGCCUCCAAAAGAACCAGCGCCUGUUGAGCUGGCAUUCAGUCCUCUGGAAGGCACAAAGAUGACCGUAAACAAUCUGCAUCCUCGAGUGACAGAGGAAGACAUCGUUGAGUUAUUCUGCGUGUGUGGCGCUCUGAAGCGAGCCCGGCUCGUGCACCCUGGAGUGGCUGAGGUGGUCUUUGUGAAGAAAGAAGAUGCUAUCACAGCAUAUAAGAAAUACAACAACAGGUGCUUAGAUGGUCAACCAAUGAAAUGCAAUCUUCAUAUGAAUGGGAAUGUCAUCACCUCAGACCAGCCUAUAUUGCUCCGAUUGAGUGAUACUCCUUCAGUGAAGAAGGAAGGAGAACCACGCCGGUCAAGUGCAAGCACCUCCUCAAAUCCCCCAGCUGAAGUGGACCCUGACACUAUCUUGAAGGCACUCUUCAAAUCCUCAGGGGUCUCUGCCUCUGUGCAGCCUACAGAAUUCAAAAUUAAACUCUGAGAAGGGGCAGCGAGCAGUGGACUGGAAAUCUCAUUGAAGCUGGGGAAUGAGAAGAGUGCAGGAGUGCAGAUGUUAUUUGCAUUUACCUGCCUUGAGGGUUUUUUUUUUUGUUUCUAUGAGCGCUACCUUACUGUACAAUAGUGUUUCCUCUUGUGUGUGUACUUUCUGUUUUCAUAGUUGGAGUUUUCUUCCAUGUUUUUUUUGUUUCCAAAAGAGUAACCUCCCCCUUCUGCCGGUAAUGUAUUACUAAGCAUAUACCAUGUAACUCCCUCCUUUACUCCAGAGCCUCUAAUGGCCAUUAAAAGUGCACAUAGACUUUGAGGGAAGGAGUGGUGACCUCCUUCUCUUUUCUUCUGCCUGACCUUUAACUCAAAGGUGCAUCCCCUUGAUUAUUAAGAGGUGAGAACACCAUGUUGUCUCUGAAAUUGCUGCACUGGGUACAAAGUCAGGUGUGGCUCCAUGCAGGAAGCACCGUCUUGCAUCUUUGACUCAUGUACCACGGCUGCACUCUGGCUCUUGGACGUUUUUCUGCUCAGCAGCUGUGACAUGGAGAAGUGUGGAAAACUGAGCUUUCCGUGGUGUGUACCAGGCAGAAAGGACACAUGCACACGUGUACCACCCAUUGUGCUUGGGAGGGGUGCUUCAAGUCUGGGAAUGCAGAGAGCUGCGGGGCAAAAGAAUGCUCUGGCAUUUAUAUGAUGAAUAGAUUGGCCCUGUAGGGUCAGGCUCAGUUGCCCUCUUCCUUCUGGACUGAGAAAUUGGAACCAGUCUUGUGUUCAGAGCUAGAGGAAAGCCAAGUGUUUCACUCCCUUUAGACUGUGUUGCAUCCUCCUGGUGACACAGGGACAUGAAUUUGUUUCUUACUUUCUGACUUUCCCAGCCUCCUAUAAAAAGGAAGGAGCUGGGGCCUUUCUCGGAUACUGCUGUAUAGGGAGCAGUCUUUCCUUGCACCUGAGAACUCACUUCUUUGAGAGAUGUCAUUUGGGCAAUGUUUGGCUGCCAUGCAGGUGUGCUGCACGCAUGCGUGGCUUGGGUACACAUGCACGGCUUGCUGCACUUCAUGGCUUCUUUAGGAGAGGAGUAGUUUGCACUCCCUAAGGAAGACAUAGGAGAGAGGAGUGUUAAGCGAGUCCCAUGCAGAGCAGCAAGGAUGUAGCUGGGGCCAGUGAAGCGUCUGUAAGGAGCCACAGGCCGUAGGUGGCACUUGCAGUACUUCCUCAGUACAGCCGUCUCGCUGUGGGCAUCUCAAGCCCCAGUAGCUCCCUUUGUUUCUAUUUGUUCAAACUGUAUUAUAAGAGAGGAAAGCUGAAGUGGUUGGGGUUUGAACUCGAUCCUUGUAGCUAGAAGACAAACUGAAUCCAUUUUGUUUGGCUCCACUGAACUCUAAUGAACUCUGGGUAACUGUUCUAAGUCCAGAUUCCAUUUCUUGGUCAACCCUCUGUUUCUUUGGCUUUCUUGUUCUGUAUUAACUCUUUGCUCUGUCUAGCUUGUGCAGGCCAUUCCUCUCUCUCCCUGUAUCCCUUUUAGCCAUGACAAUAACCGAGGACUGGGCAGGACUAGUUUUUUUUCUGGAGUACUCUCUCUUGAUUGGGAAGCCAACGACACCGUUUCUGGUGCGGUGCUUCACAUGAACAGCAGAUGUUUAUAGGGAAAGGGACCCGAGACAGUUGUUCUCUUUUUUUUUUUUUAAUUUUUAGAUUGCCCAUCCAACACCUGUGUUUUAUUAAAAUAAAAAAGGCGAGGGGGGAGGGGGAGAAAACAUGAGGGGCUGAAGAAGAUAAUGUAUUAUCUGUUUCUGAAUAAACGUUUGUUAUACUGAGA